UUUUUUUUAAAGCAUAAUCAUUUCAAAUGUGUUAAAUCUUAACUGCACCCGUCUCAUUAAUAAAGGGCAGCCCUUCUCUCAGGCGGCGCGACACUUUGCGACACAGUACCACUUUACCACUUGUUUCCGAGGUAACACGAUUGCAUAGACAGCCGGCUCUCAACAGCGACUGGCUGGCUGCAGACCGUAAAGCGCAGCGGCGUUCUGCUUGUCCUAGCUUAGGUGGCUAAACAGUAAACACCCGAUAAUUUAGUGGCGGCGUUUCUGACACGUCGCUGUUAGAGCCGGUUUAUUUGUUAAGAGCAUCAAAAUGGCUGAAAAGUUCGACAACCUCGAGGAGCACCUGGAGAAAUUCAUCGAGAACAUUCGGCAGCUGGGAAUCAUCGUCAGCGACUUCCAGCCGAGCAGCCAGGCGGUCCUGAACCAGAAACUGAACUUCAUGAUAUCCGGACUACAAGACAUCGAUAAGUGCCAAAAGCAGCUUCAUGACAUCAACGUCCCUCUGGAGGUGUUCGAGUACAUCGACCAAGGCCGAAACCCACAGCUGUACACCAAGGAAUGUCUGGAGAGAGCCUUGGCAAGGAACGAGCAGGUCAAAGGGAAGAUAGACACCAUGACGAAAUUCAAGAGCCUCUUGAUUUCCGAGCUCAGCAAAGUUUUUCCUGAGGAAAUGGCCAAAUAUAAGGACAUACGUGAAGAAGAUGGGCCUUCCUAGUGUCUGCAGCUCACGACCCUCUCCCCGACCUUCACCCUGUGACCCCUCCUGUAUGGAAGGUCUGAAUGAAUAGCCCACAGGCUGUGUGUGAUGAACGCUUAUCAUUUCUGCUAAACGUUGCUGAAGGUCGUAGGUCGGAGCAGAACCUGACCCCGCCAGCCAUUACCUUCUUGUACAUUGAAACUUUAUUUAAAACCAUUCUUAUUGGAGAAACGUCACUUUUUUAACGCCUUGGCUGUGUUGUGAGAGUUUGAACUCAUUUUCUUAAGUUUUACAGAGAGAAAGGUUUCAGGGCUCAUUUCUAAGUAUUAGGGAAGAGACUCCAUCUGGUUCACAAACUGUAUAUUUAUACCUGUAUUUUUUUAGUUGUGCAAACUCAUGAGAUUUUGUGUCAAGCUCAGGAUACUAAAGGCCAUGGUGAUUGAAUGGAAAUGUUUUUUUGACAAUAACUUUGUGCCUCAGCGUACAAUUUUUGUCACGUGUUUAUAUUGUAAUGUUUAAUAAAUCCAUUUUUUUGUACGUUGAAACAGUAGCAUUUGUAAAGUGUAAGAGGAAAUAAAUUCUUUGAAGAUAAA